AUGAAUGAGAAAUUGCAGCGUGCAGAUGGAAUUGAGAAAGCGAAUCCGAGAUUGUUCAGAAGUUUAGUUGGUGGCUUAAACUAUCUAACGCACACUAGACCUGACAUUGCUUUUUCUGUUAGUGAUGUGUCCAGAUUUUUGCAGAGUUCGACAAAGAAACAUUUAGAUGCUGCAAAAAGAAUUCAUCGCUAUGUUUCUGGAUCGACAGACUUUGGUAUUUGGUAUUCUGAAGUAUCAAAUUUCAUAUUGAUUGGCUAUAUAGAUAGUGAUUAUGCAGGCUGUUUGGACAAUCGAAAAAGCACUUCUAGUAGUUGUUUCAACUUUGGUUCUGGAGCAGUGACAUGUAGUUCAAAGAAGUACGAGACAGUAGCUCUUUCACCAUCUGAGGCGGAGUAUACAACCGCAAGUUUAGCAGCACGACAAGUUUUAUGGCUCUGGAAACUGCUUGCAGAUUCUAGUUACGAGUGA